UAAACCCAGCAGGGGGCGCUAAUGUACCACAACACCUUGAUCUGAGAGAAGAAGCAGCAGCAGCCGGUCUGAAUUGUUGUUUGUACAGAACAUCCCAGAGACCUGUUUAUUCUCACGUGUUUCUGCGGGUGUCAGUGUGUUAAACAUUCAUGUGGAUAUGAGACUGAACACCUCCUGGUUCUGCACGGUUCAUGUGUUCAUUCACAGACUGUAAUGGACAUUAAAAUCCUGCUAUAAAUAGAACAGUGUCCAUGGAUUACGGGUGAGGUUUCAGUGACGUGUCCAGCGGCGCCAUCUCCUGGUCAGAUGAACACACAGCACUCAGGACACUGAAGACUGAAAAACACAUUCCAGUGUUCAAAAGUUUGUGCCCCUGCUAGAAACCAGUGUGUAGAACAGUGAAGGUUGUGAUAUAAAAAUCUCGGAGGAUGUUGGAGGUCGAGAUAAGAUAUGAAGGAUGCCCUGUUGCAGCCUGAUGUCUGGAACAAGCUGUGACACUCAGUCCGAGACUUCUGACUCGAACUGCACACACAGACAGAGUAGAACAACCGCCCGUAAAGGAGAGAAGUCGUACCAGUGCUCCGAGUGUGGGAAGAGUUUCGCUCAGCACAGCAGCCUUCAGCGACACCAGCGCAUCCACACCGGAGAGAAAACUCACCACUGUUUACUGUGUGGUAAGAGUUUUAAUCAGCAGAGCACUUUUCAGCGACACCAGCGCAUCCACACGGGAGAGAAGCCGUAUCGCUGCUCGCAGUGCGGCACCAGUUUCACCAUACAGAGUAACCUGAGACGACACCAACGCAUCCACACGGGGGAGAAGCCCUAUCACUGCUCGCUGUGUGGGAAACACUUCACCAACCACAGCACCCUCCAGCACCACCAGCGCAUCCACACCGGAGAGAAGCCGUAUCAGUGCUCCCAGUGCGGACGCAGUUUCACAGAGCAUGGAACUCUCCAGCGACACCGCCGCAUCCACACCGGGGAGAAGCCGUAUCACUGCACAGACUGCGGGAAGAGUUUCAAACAGCAAACCGCCCUGCAGCAGCACCAGCGCAUCCACACCGGGGAGAAGCCGUAUCACUGCACGCAGUGCGGGAAGAACUUCAUACAGCAGGGUCACCUCCAACAACACCAGCGCACUCACAAAGGAGAGACUCCGUACGAGUCUGCUGUGUGGGAGGAGAUUUACACACCCGACUCAACACCAGUGUGUUCAGUGAUCAUUUGAUUUAUUCACGUUAUCUUAAAUAUCUUACAGUGUGUUUAAUAAAUAAACUGAUUUCUUGACUUCA